CAUCGUGCACAUACGUCGAAUAUGAUUAUCUGCAGAGCUGCAAUUUUUUUGUUUUUUAUCAUUGUCAGUGUUUCAAAUAAGUAUGUAAAUGCCGAAAAUGACGAAGAUGCGUCGACGGAUUUAUACGUUAUCGAAGGCAAAGUUUUUCCAUGGGAAAAUAAAGCUUCAAACGGCUGGCAACUUAUGACACACGUCAUGGCUAACGGAGGGGAGCAUUAUGGCUUUUUGAGGGAAGAUGGAACAUUUAUUAUUUCAAAUGUACCUUCAGGAUCUUACGUAGUUGAGGUUGUAAAUCCUAAUUGUGUUUAUGAACCAGUAAGAGUAGAAAUUAAUUCAAAGGGAAAAUUCAGAGCAAGGAAAGUCAAUUUAAUUCAAACCUCCCAAGUAAUACAAGUUCCAUACCCAUUAAAAAUGAGACCACUUACACCUUUCCGUUAUUUUCAAGUUAGGGAACAGUGGAAAGUAACAGACUUCUUGUUUAAUUCAAUGGUCCUGAUGAUGGUUCUACCAUUAUUGUUACUUAUGAUUGUACCAAAAAUUAUGAAUGAUCCAGACACUAGAAAGGAAAUGGAACAACUGAAUUAUUUUACCAAGUAUAAUAUGCCAGAAAUGUCUGAAUUUAUAACAUCUUACUUUUCUGGUGGAGAGAAGCAGAAACAAAAAGCGGUAAAAGCUGCAAAGAAGAGACAGUAAUACAAAUACCUUUUAGGCACAUGUUUGCACUUUUACUCUAGUCCAUUAGUUAAUUACACUAAGAUUAUAUAAAAUUCCCCUCAUGUUUUUUAAUAUACAUGGAGUUUAAUUCUGUGUGAAAGAUUGAAAAUAUAGCAAUGGAUCACUUAAAAUAUUAAUAGGGAUACUACAGUAAGUCAUAUCUUCCAGUUCGUAAGUACCCCC